AUGCAGAGAAAGAACCACACUGUGGUGACCAUGUUUACCUUCCAGGGAUUCUCCAGCUUCCAUGAGCACCAGAUCACACUCUUUGCAGUGUUCCUCACUGUGUACAUCUUAACCUUGGCCAGCAACAUCAUCAUUGUGACCAUCAUCUGCAUUGACCGCCAUCUCCACACCCCUAUGUACUUCUUCCUGAGCAUCUUGUCCACUUCUGAGACCUUGUACACACUGGUCAUCAUCCCACGAAUGUUGUGCAGCCUUAUAGGAUGGAACCAGCCCAUCUCACUGGAAGGCUGUGCCACUCAAAUGUUCUUCUUUGUCACUUUGGCCAUCAACAACUGCUUCCUGCUCACAGCCAUGGGAUAUGACCGCUAUGUAGCCAUUUGCAACCCUUUGAGAUAUAUGGUGAUCAUGAAUAAAAAAAUAUGUGUCCAGUUGGUUGGUGGGGCAUAUGCCAUUGGUCUGAUCAUGGCAUCUAUCCAUGUGACGUCUAUAUUUAACUUGCCUUUCUACAGGAAAAACUACACUGUGGUGACCAUGUUCACCUUCCAGGGAUUCUCCAGCUUCCAUGAGCACCAGAUCACACUCUUUGCAGUGUUCCUCACUGUAUACAUCUUAACCUUGGCCAGCAACAUCAUCAUUGUGACCAUCAUCUGCAUUGACCGCCAUCUCCACACCCCCAUGUACUUCUUCCUGAGCAUCUUGUCCACUUCUGAAACCUUGUACACACUGGUCAUCAUCCCACGAAUGUUGUGCAGCCUUAUAGGAUGGAACCAGCCCAUCUCACUGGAAGGCUGUGCCACUCAAAUGUUCUUCUUUGUCACUUUGGCCAUCAACAACUGCUUCCUGCUCACAGCCAUGGGAUAUGACCGCUAUGUAGCCAUUUGCAACCCCCUGAGAUAUAUGAUUGUCAUGAAUAAAAAGGUAUGUGCCUACUUAGUUAGUGGGGCAUGUGCCAUUGGUCUGAUUAUGGCAUUUAUUCUUGUGAUAUCUAUAUUCAACUUACCUUUCUGUGGUACAGAGGUGGCCCAUUUCUACUGUGACAUACGCCCCAUGAUGAAACUUGCCUGUACAGAUACAACAGUCAAUGAGAUUGUCAGCUUUGUCAUCAGCACAGUAGUGAUCCUGGUGCCUAUGGGCUUAGUCUGUAUCUCCUACAUCCUGAUUAUCUCUGCCAUCCUCAAAAUCGCCUCCGCUGAGGGACGGAAAAAGACCUUUGCCACUUGUGCUUCCCACCUCACAGUGGUCAUUGUCCACUAUGGCUGUGCCUCCAUUGCCUAUCUCAAGCCUAAAUCAGAGAAUUCAAUAGAACAGGACAGAUUACUCUCCAUUACUUACACUCUUAUCACACCACUCUUGAACCCUGUUGUGUACAGCCUGAGAAAUAAGGAAGUCAAGGAUGCCUUAAGGCGAGCCACAGGCAAAAAGCUGCCCUAA